UGUGUGUGUGUGUGCGCGUGCGUGUGUGUGUGUGUGUUUUAAGUUAGUGUGUAGUACUGCCCAGUGGUUUGACUUUGAUUGCCUCGCGUCAGUGCGUUGGUUUAUUGCAGAAAAUGUCAGAUAUUUCAUUUUCAUGGCAAACCACUGUGCAGCUUGAAUUGUGCUCCCUGUCGGCUUCUACUAACUCUAGAUACAAGAGAACCCUCAAAUCAUGUAGUGCUAACAAACUAGCUGACAGUGAAAACAUCUCACAUUCCAAACCAUUCCCAUUAGAUUAUUAGAACCUAGAUUCUGUGGGUGACGUGUGAGUGCAAUUUCUUCAUUUUAGUGGGUGUUGGUUGACAAAACAAACGGUGUCAUACUAAUGAUUAUCAUACAUACUGUAUCAUACUGCUGGUUCGGUUUUGACGUCUCAGUCAUGAUUAAAUGUAGUUUUGGCAAGAGAGUGAGAGAAAGGGAGCACUGACCAUGAAAAUAAAGCCUAGAUGUGUUUGGAAUAGACACACUCUGUUCAUCCAGAUUUUUCCACACAGCAGUAGUAUUUGUACUUCCUCCUCGUAGCAUCAAACAUUCUCUUUGUGUUUACAAAAAGGAAACGGCAGCCUCCCACCCAGAGCUCAGAGAUCCCCUAUCACGAUCUUACUGGAGCGCAGAGUUUCAGGAAGUGUCCCAUACAUUACGUUCCCGCUGACAUUUUACGAUGGACGAUAUGGGUCUCUGCCCACAGCUCAGCAACUCUGCAGCGUUGGUGGCAAAUGAAAUAAGAGGAGUGCUCACGGCACAGGCAGGAGGACCUACAGCAGGUUAUGGUAUCCGGUCCCAAUCUCAACGAGACUAGCAUCGUAUCCGGGGGUUAUGGAGGAACAGCAGAGGGUAUCAUCCCCACCAGCUCAAUCAAAGGACCUGCUGUUCACUACAAUGCAGAGUUUAACAAAAGGAUUCCAGUCACAGGAUUAGGUUCCAACAUGCACCACAGCAGCAGCAGCUCGUCAAUAACAGCAGAGGAAACGACCCGUGGCGUGGCUGUGGAGAAGCUAGAAACAGUGAAAAAGUGGGGUCUCAACACUUACAAGUGUACAAAACAAAUGAUCUCGGAGCGUUUCGGCCGAGGUUCCCGGACUGUGGACCUGGAGCUGGAGGCCCAGAUUGAGGUGCUGAGAGACACUAAAAGGAAAUAUGAGAACGUGCUGCGAUUGGCCAGAGCCCUGACCAACCACUUCUACAACAUGGUACAGACGCAGCAUGCCCUGGGUGACACCUUUGCUGACCUCAGUCAGAAAUCUCCAGAGCUACGGGAUGAGUUUGGCUACAACGCAGAAACUCAGAAGUUGCUGUGUAAGAAUGGGGAGACUUUACUUGGUGCCGUCAACUUCUUUGUGUCCAGCAUCAACACACUGGUCAACAAGACCAUGGAGGACACCCUGAUGACGAUCAAGAUGUAUGAAAAUGCCAGACUGGAGUUUGAUGCCUACCGGUCAGACCUGGAGGAACUGAGCUUGGGUCCGAGGGAUGCCGUAGCCAUGGCCCGCAUAGAAGCUGCCCAGCAACAGUACCAAGUCCAAAAAGACAAGUAUGAACGUCUCCGUUCAGACGUUAUCAUCAAACUCAAGUUCCUGGAGGAGAAUAAGGUGAAGGUGAUGCAUAAGCAGCUCCUCCUUUUCCAUAAUGCCAUCUCAGCGUACUUUGCCGGCAACCAGCAGCAGCUGGAGCAGACGCUGAAGCAGUUCAACAUAAAGUUGAGGCCUCCAGGGGCUGACAAGCCCUCCUGGUUGGAGGAGCAGUGAGAGGAUCUCCUGGACCUCCUGCAGCCUCCUUUUCAAUCACCUCCACCUGUUACCUGUUGAAACCCCCUAUUUACAGAGGACCACUACCGAAGGAAACGCAUACAGAUAAUUGGAUGGAUGAAGAUAUGAGAAGAGCGUGUGGCUGGAUGAUUGGACAGAUGGAUUGCAGGGUAUUAUUGAUGAGUGAGCAAAAAUGCAGCCGGAAACCAAGUGGCCAGUUUCAUGAACAGUCUGGGGGCUUUGAGUGCCUCGUCCUGAUUUCCUUUUUUCCCCCCUCACUCUAUCCUUCUCUUUGUGCUUUGUUCCCAGAGAAACUGUUCAUCUCUCCCUUCCUUCCUCUCUCCUAUUUGACCUAACCUUCUAUCUCACCACUAUGUUGCUGUGUGAGCUUGUGUUAGUCGUGUUCAUGGCCAUUAUUGUACUCCUCAAGUGCUCCCAGUGCUCUGAGUUCAACUUUGCACCGUCUUAUUAACACAGACAGAUGAGAAACGGAAAAAAACAUUGAAACAUACACCAGAUGUGACCAACCACUACUUUCAAACUACUAGACCUUAUCAAUCUCCUAGUGUGCCUCCUCCUGUAUGAGCUAACGUACUACAUGAACAUGUGGCCUCGAGGGAAGAAAGAUAAGUUCAGAAACUACAAACUACAAACAUGAAGGGGAUUUGUUUGGUACAUUGGAAAGGAAUGUCCUGAUGCUUCAAAUCAAUGUACAUUUCAGAUUAAGUACUUUUGAAAUCUAUAUUAUGAUUGUUGGUAGUUUUUAAAAAACACAAUGUUGUGUUUAGUUUAGUUUUUACUUAAUUUGAAUCUCUUUUACUUUGUAAUGAUUUCAGUCAGAGUCAGCUGCAUGUCCUACACAUCAGAGUACGGGACAGUAUACCGUUUGUACUGAAGGUACCCGCAUUGCUCGGUCUGUAACUCAGAAAUUCAACAGAUUUCAGCCAUAACCUGAAAAUUCUUUAUAUGCAACCAUCAUUUAAGGAACACUGCCACAGCUUCUCAAAGUUAUGCUUGUUUUAAUUAUAUUUGAUUUCAUCCAAAGAGAAUUAAGAGGUUUUUAACUGACGGCGACCCUUGCCAUGUUUUCAUGGGUUGGUUAAGCAACAUUGAUGGGUUCAGUGUCACUGUGGACUGAGGAGGAUUCAGAGACACUUGAUGGGCAUGGGUUAUGCUUUCAGUUAAGAUCCAACAAACUUGAAUGGAUUCACUCCAUUAUUUAAUUAACAGACUGUAUUUUAACUAUUUUUGUUGUUUGUCUUUUUAAAGUUAACAAGGACUUGUCAUUGACAUCAAGGGUCAUAUCUUUCAGUCCUUCCUUAAACAAAAUGUUUGUCUUUUGUUACCUUUCUUCACACUGAAGAUUACUGUAGCUGUCUAAUGUUACUAAUCCUAAUAUUUUGACAAAGUCCUGUAAAUUAGUCGUUGAGGAAUGGGAUAACACUAACUGAAACAUCGUCUUAAUAUAAUAGAAAACAAUCAUCCACUGUUGACAAUAAGAGAAGGUGUUACCACAAAAUAUCGGCAUGGUACUACAUAUGUAAUGUUGAAUUGUUCUUCAUCACUGUAUUUAUUAUGUUUAUGGUAUGUGUUAAUCUGUUGGAUCAACAUAUUGUAAACUAAAACUUCUGGUUUGUGCGAAUUACUCAGUUUAUGAGUAUGACAAUUUAUGAUUUCUUUCAGAUGACACACUAACAUAAGACAUGCCUCAGGAUGACCAAAUCUGUAAUUGAUCUACAGCAAAAAAAAAAAAAAAGUUUUUAAACUGAUAGUUAGUGUUUAUCUUUCCCAGUGUCAACCCUCUGAAGUCAUAUGAAGAUAAUCCGGUCUCUUGAAUGUUUCACCACGAUGAAUUGAACUCAUGAGAGCGUCCGGUAACAGAAGGGAGAGCUCGAUCAGUUAAUAGUCCUCCAGCUUUUUGUCUCUUCUGUAUUUGCAUGGCGGGCAGCGUUCCAAAGUAUACAUGCAGAUAUGUGUGAAUGCACUGAUGCGCUACUCUUGGCCUUCUGCGUGCCAGCUCGCAUGGACUGGCAUAACAACCACGCUCACGAUUUUAAAUGUUGAAACGAUCUGAAGCAGAAUCCAAAAUCUGGAUCGACUUUUAAUGCUGCACUCUUUAGGACAGUUCUGAAAAGAAGAUAUCAAAUGUAGAUUCUAUGAGUUAUUGGUGUUUUCAGAAUUUGUAUGUGUCAGUGUGUGAAAUGGGUGUAUUUUAUUCUGACUGAAAAAAGUUUCUCACUAAGACCUAAAAUUGUAGUUUCACUGGCCAGCUUCUGGUCUGUUUGACCACUACACAGCAAUAUGAACUAAAUGUGACUCCUCUUUUCCAAACCUGCCCUUUGAAAUUCCUAACCCCAACUCAAAAACCAAUGGCAAUAGGAUUUUCUUUCUCUCUUCCGUAGUUGUGAAACCUCCCGUAAAUUGCGAAAAAGUCACUCUUAACCGAGAUUUAUAAAAAUGAGAUAUUUUAUUUGUGUACAAUCAAUGUUUUCUAGGCUGAGCUGGUGUGUUGUACUGUAUGAAUGAUUGCACAUAAUGGUAUUUAAAGAUGAUAAAUGAAGUCGUGUCAUGGAUUGAUGUGAUACUCAUUCCUCACUCAGACCUGAAAAGUCCUACCCCACCCUGAGGGAACAAAAUUAAAAGUACACAUUUUGAAAUUC